AUGGGUUUAUCGUUUUCUAAGUUAUUCGCAGGUCUUUUCGGCCACAAGGAAAUGAGAAUCUUGAUGGUUGGUUUGGAUGCUGCUGGUAAGACCACCAUCUUGUACAAGUUGAAACUCGGAGAAAUCGUCACCACCAUUCCAACUAUUGGAUUUAACGUCGAAACCGUCGAAUACAAGAACAUUUCUUUCACCGUCUGGGACGUUGGUGGACAAGACAAGAUCAGACCACUUUGGAGAUACUACUUCCAAAAUACCCAAGGUAUCAUUUUCGUUGUUGACUCCAACGAUAGAGACCGUAUUGCUGAAGCCAGAGAGGAAUUACAACAGAUGCUCAACGAAGAUGAGUUAAGAGAUGCUUUGUUGCUUGUGUUUGCCAACAAGCAGGAUUUGCCAAACGCUAUGAAUGCUGCUGAAAUCACGGAAAAAUUGGGCUUGCAUUCUAUUAGACAACGGCCAUGGUACAUCCAGUCUACCUGUGCCACCUCAGGUGAUGGAUUGUAUGAGGGUUUGGAGUGGUUGUCCACUAACUUGAAGAAUGCUUAG